CCGUGAUACACCUCUCCCCUGGCUCCCAUUGUCGUAUUUGAGGGCCUGCCAGUCGUUCCUUGAGCCCCGCUUGAGUGGGUGCGACAGCGUCUUUGCUUAGGCGCUGUGAAAUAGAAGACCUACAGCGUGCACUCGUGGGCAUGACUUGGCCCUUGCCUAAACCUUGUAUUGUCCUCGCGUCGGUACUUCAAUGCCCCUUCUUCCCGUCCCUUCCGUCCUGCUGGCACAGUCAUGGUCGCCGCCAACUUCCUUAUAGAUGACAAGUCCCCGCUCAUCUUGUACGACGCGAACUUUCUGGCCUCGGAGGGGUUGGACGAUGUUUCAGGCUUGUAUUACGGGGGCACAUAUACCAUCACGGACGUCAACCCAUCCACGAUGAGCUGGUCAUUCAAUGGGACUUCUUUCACAAUCUGGGGCUGCUUGUCUACGAACCACGGACCGUACUCAUACACGGUGGACGGAGAUAACCCUGUCAUGAGGAGCGGAAUGUCGUCUGUGCCUCUGUUCCAACAACCGCUGGUUUCGGUGGAGGGACUGGCUCAGGGAUUGCACACGGUCAACGUCACGAAUCAGGGUUCUGGGAACACUUCGUUUCUGGACAUUGACAUGGUCACAUGGCAGUCUGACCUUGACGCGUCGGGAUCGCUCUCCAGCGAUGUCAUACAGGACAGCGAUCCGCGCUUCCAAUACGACUCUUUCUGGAACCAAACUCCAUUGAAUGUCUCGUUGUUUAGUAACGCAUCAGGCCAUGCUACGACAACAGCGGAAAGUGCUGUAACUUUAUCGUUCACAGGGCUCGGAGUCUCGUUGUAUGGGUCGGUCGGUCCAAACAACGGGAUGUACCAGGUGCAGCUAGAUGGAGGAAAGCCUCAGGCAUACAACAGCACAUCAUGGGACACGUUUACGCAGGUCAUGCUGUAUCAUGCGAACGACAUAGGCGACGGCACCCAUGAGCUGGUCCUCACUAACACCCCUCAGACGACGUCGCAAAAUAUGCUCGCCAUUGAUUACGCCGAGGUUCUGACAGAUGGAAGUUUUCCCGCUUCCAAUGCUUCAAACGUUCCCAAAGGAGCCAUAGCUGGGCUUGCGGUCACAAGUUUCAUGGCUCUCCUUGGUCUGGUUUCUUCCCUACUGCUUCUACGACGGUGUCGACAGCUCGCUAGCCGAGUUGAUCGGACGUUCUCCCUAUUGACCCCUAUCCGCGAGUUUGCCCCGAAACCGUUCGAGACGGCCGAGGGUGAAGCAAGCACGACGUCGGUAGCUGGCGGGCCUGAUCCGAUCGUCGCAACUGUUACGCCUUAUCGGCAGCACGCGCCUCAACCUUCGGUUUCUGCCUCCACUGUGACUGCUGCCAGCACGAGCGCUUUUGCCGGGAGCUCGUCGGGUGUUUCGCACCAGCCUUCGAGGCGGACUAUCAACUCGGACGUCGCUUCGUCGGUCAUCUCUCCCUCAGACAGAAAACAACGCUUGGUGCUUCAGAUGCCUGGGGAGGCACCUCCGGCGUACUCCUGAUUGUUCC